AAUUUAUGAAUGGUCAAGGUACGCAGUGAAUUUAGAUAAUCAACAAUCAAGGAGCCCUACUUGCAGAACAUAUAUAAAUAAUGAAAACCUGCAGAGCUAGUUGAAUGUAUUGUAGUUAGAUGGCCCUGAAAUACUUCUAAUGAAAGAUCAAUACUUUUAUGUUGUAAUGACGUCACUGAUAUAAGUAAAUAACUACAUUUCAUACUAAAAGCUCAAAUUCGCCGACAAAAACUUCAUAUUUGUAUCAAGUGCAUCUUUAAUAACGUAAAAAACAUCGAAAUGCAUCUAUUCUGUUUAUAUUUCAUGGAAGACGUUAUCAUAUAACCUUUUGAAAUCCUAGACUGAUUUCCUAUCACGACAACAAAAAUUCUCGGAAAAAUAAUGCCGGAACAGAGCAACGAUUACCGUGUUGUGGUGUUUGGAGCAGGUGGUGUUGGAAAAAGUUCCUUGGUGCUGAGAUUCGUAAAGGGGACUUUCAGGGAGAGCUACAUUCCUACUAUAGAGGACACAUACCGACAAGUGAUUAGCUGUAAUAAGAACAUUUGCACCCUACAAAUCACUGACACAACUGGUUCGCAUCAGUUUCCCGCUAUGCAAAGGCUCUCUAUAAACAAAGGACAUGCUUUCAUACUCGUCUACUCAGUGUGUAGUCGACAAAGUUUAGAAGAAUUAAGACCAAUAAUGGAUGUGAUAAAAGAAGUUAAAGGUCCUGAUUUAUCUCAGAUUCCCAUCAUGGUCGUUGGAAAUAAAUGUGAUGAAAGUGCAGAACUGAGAGAGGUAGAGGUGAGCACGAGUGAAGGGCAAACACAAGCUCAAGAUUGGGGUGUCAGUUUUAUGGAAACGUCCGCUAAGACUAACCACAACGUAAAACAGCUGUUCCAGGAGCUACUCAAUCUGGAAAAAUCGAGAAACGUGAGUCUCCAAAUAGGCGGUAAGGCUAGCAGUCGAGUUGCUAAAGAUAAGUGCGAAGUUAUGUAAUUCGUAAAGUUGAGAAAAAUUGUUAAACAUUUCCAUGAUUUAUUAGGAAACUGACCCAAUUGUAAGAAAUUUUCUUGUUCUUUAUUCGAGCACAAAUGAGGAUAAUCCUAAAGACAUCCUAAUUAUCAAAGCAUUCUUUAUAUGAAUGAAAAUUGUUGCUCAUUUUUAAAUAAAAAAUAUAGACUAUUGAGAAAAUUUUAAAGUCGAUUUUUUGGAAAACUUUUAUAGUCUGUUAUGAAUACAUUAGAGAAUUAUUAUAUCGUUUUAUUUUAACAUUCAAAUUAUCACACCUUAUAUUAUAACCGUUUAAAGUAGAAUCAUCGAUAAAAUAAUUGCAUUUCAAAUGUAGGGGUCUUCAAUAUUCGAAAUUCACAUAAUUCUGAAUCAUUCUUCUGAAGGAAAUUUUGCGAAGAAAAAUGUUGAAUUCUGUGGAAAAACCUAGUCUCCUGUGGAAAGUACUGAUUUCCACUUUGAAUGCAGGGUUUUCAUAUUGUUUAAAGGAAUCUUUGAAAAUCUUCUUCCUUUCUUACAUCACGAACUGACACCAGACAAUAAAAUUUCUUCUUCUUAUAUGAAGCAUAUUUCUAUGUCGUAUUUUAGGAAUAACUGUUUUUAUAUAGAAAUGACUUCAUUUGUAGUUGCUUACUUUCUCUGUAUGAUGUUGCACUUUUAUAUUUUAAGGGCAUGGCAUAAAAGUGCCAAAAUAAAUGCACCUUGUCUCUUAUAUCAUUUCAGUUAAAAUUGUGAAUAAGUAGAGAUAAUAUUAAAAAAUUAUCUGAAAGAUAUAAUUGCUUCAAUUUUUCUGUUUGUCUGGUCGCUAUUUUUUAUGGAAAAUGUAGAUAAUUUGACAUUAGAUUAAUGAUUUUUAUUCACAUAUCUGAUAUUCUAAAACUUUUCGUCCUCUAGCGGAGUUUGUACCAAAUAAUAUUGAAUGUCUAGAGUAAAAUUCGUUUUUUAAAGACAUAGCUAUUUUGAGGGUAGUGAUAAUACUACCGUCUUUCCACUAAAUAAAUUUUCUACAAUUGGGUUUUCCUUUGAUGAUAAUUGUUAUCUAGUUACCUAACUCUGGGUAUUUUCAAUGUGUUUUGAAUGAUUCUUAAAAAAUAUUUUUACUGUUAUUUUUUACUGAGUAUUGUUGUUGAAAUUUGAUAUUCAAGAGCAAUAUAAAUGUUCUUUCAAUUACUAAUUGUUAAAACCACAUUUAAUCUCAGCACUGAACAUUCUU